AGAUAAAGAGCCACUGAUAACGUCGAGAUCAAUCUCUCCUGUGUUGUUAUCUGUGUGUCUUUUGCUAUUUACAGCUAUUUCUCCUGGAGAGGGCAUAACAGACAGCGACCUAUGGCAUGGUCAUGAAGAAUAUACAGGAAUGAUGGGACCAGUGAACAACUUAACUUUGCUGACCGUAGUGUUACGUGAAAAUAGACCAUAUGACAGAAGUGAAUGGGGAUGGGAUAAUGUCACCAGAUCUCCACGAAUUUGGGGUAAACUUGGGCAAAACAUAGAAGUAAAAUGUUGGAUGGUAAAUGGAUCUCAAUACAAGAAGGCUACUCAAAUUUCAAAAACAGAUAUUAUAUCAGGCGUAAGGGAUCGCAAAUCCUGUGUUACUGAACAGGGAGAUUGUCAGUAUAAUUUCACCCUAACCCAACCUGUGAUGAUAACAUGCCUUUGGACACAAGACACCCUAGGACGAUCUUUUAAAUUUAGGGUGGAUCUCUUUAAUCAACAUACAACUGAUGUCCCAUAUAUAACUCCCACUAGGAGACUGAAGGGUGUUAUCUCUCCACAAAUUUAUCAAAUUGGACCGUACGUUAUAAAGAAUACAGGUCAGCAACAGGUAAUCUUUAAUCCAACAUGGUCCCUUAAACGAGUGAUGUUAUUAUUGCAAACUAAUGUUUCAGCUAUCAAACCAGAUUGUGCAUUGUUUUUAGGCAUGUCAUAUGCUGGAUGGUCAGCAUGGCUUCAUCGACAGUCAUUUGAUACAACUAGAAGAAUAAGAAGAGAUGUUUCCGGUAUUCUGGGAACAGGUUUAGGAGUCUUAAAUGGUGUAGACACUGAAAUACUCAUGAGUAAAUUGAAUACCAUUACAAGUAACAUACAUAAACUACAACAUCCUCUACAGUCAUCCCUAUCGGCUCUAGGAACAAGUCAAUGGCUUUUAUCAGAUGUAUUACCGCAAUGGGAAAGGAUAGAUAGAAAAGAUCAUCAGCUGAUUAUGGAUGCGCUUUCAGCAGUCCAAGGUAACACCUCUUUAGCCCUCAGUUGCAUCCAGGCCCAGAUGUGGAUGCAAUUUAUAGCAGCAACAAUCGUGAGAGAAGGUGAGGAUGGCACUAUACCCACUGAAAUUAGAAAAGUAAUUUGGGACAAUGCAAAUAGAUUUGAAAGGAAGUUUCAAUCAUGGUGGCAUUUAGUUAACUUCACCUAUGACCCUGUCACCAAUUAUGCCAUGGCUUUCGUUUUGACGAUAAGUAAUGCUUCAGCAUACACGAUAUAUCCAAUCGUAGCUCUAGGAUUAAAUCAUGAUGAGACUACUCUGUAUCCAAUUGAACAUCGGAUAUGGGCUCUUCAAAAGAAUGAGAAAUGGCAAACUGUGGACGUUAGCUCAUGUGCCAUGCGAGAACAACGAGGAUUUAUUUGUGAAAGUAAUAUAUUUGAGACUCAAGAUAUCUGUCUUGACACUGAACAAAAUAUUUGUCACUUUGAGGUCCAACCUGGUAGGAUGUUCAAAUCAAUGCUUGUAUAUAUUGGAAAAGGAUGUGCUUGCAUCAGAACUCAUUGCAAUUCCAUACAAAUAGGGGAUAUGAUUGUGGAUACUACCAAUCAUUCAAAUCUUUGUGUUUGUAAUUUUAUUAACAUUUUAGGAUGUGAUUUUAACUAUACAGUUCCUAUUAUUUCAUAUCAGCUUCUGCAGUCCAACUACACUCUGAUCAAAGAUUUGCGUCCAGCGCUAAUUGGAAUGAAUCUCGCCUUAGUAAGGAAGCUUCUACAACAUGAUGAUCUGCAUCGACUAUUAAAUCGCAUCAAAGAUAACGGACAAAAGACCUUGAUCACCAUCCAUCAUGACGUGAAAGAGAUACAUCGUGUCUUGGAGAGAGUAAUGAAGGCUGGAGAACAUCACUGGUGGGAGGUUCUUUUUGGUUGGUCUCCCACAGCAACGGGAAUGUUUAACUUUAUACUGCAUCCGGUAGUUGUUAUAUUAGGUUUAAUAUUAUUGUGCUUAGUUCUUAUAGUUAUAUUAUAUAAAGACAUGGCGCUUGUUAAAGCAAGUGUCCCAGCUUGAUUUAGUGUUAAAUAGGGAUACACUGCAUCGUUUCUUGUAAGACUUAUCUUAAGGCUAAUAGAUGGUUGUAACGUUAAGGUAGAAUUUAUAUAAGAUUUUAAGAUAUAAGAUUUUAAGAUUUUAGGAUUAUUAAGUUAAAUAGGUUGUUAUUAAGUUGAUAGAUUAUAGGCUAUUAGGAUAGGAUGUUUUGCGAAUCGGGUUGUAACGGGGCAAGGCUUAACCGAGAGGACAAUGGCAUGUAUAGGCGCAAAGCGGGGAUUUCGGGGUGUACGCGGUUAGGGUCCUCUCGAGUUGUAGUAUACUUUUUUGAGCAUGGAGAGGGGGAGAUGUUGUCAGCAACUGCGAAAUUGCGAGACCCCCCCGCGGGGUCUGAUGUGCUAAGCUCCCUCCCUGCUCUAAUGAUUGAUGUGUGAUGUAGGCCCCUAGGGGCGUAGACGAAGUAAUUAAGCUAUAUAAGGUAGUUAAUACGGGUAAUAAACGCCAUUUUACUGCUCAUCAUAUU